CCGGAGGAGCUGAUUCUAGUUGCAGUUCCCCCUCCAGCUUCUAGGCGUCGCUGUCCGCUCUUCGUCUUGUUUUUGACGGCGAGCCGUCCAGUCCUCUGUUUGCGCAUGCGCCUCUCCAUCUUAUCCACGUGCAGAGCUGUGCUGAGCUUUGGUUCGGCGGGGAGAGUCUGGCGCGCGCGGGGAGAAAUGUAUGAAGGACAACCUGGCCGGGGAGCCCGGAGGAGAGGCACAACCCGUGUGUGUGAGGACAUCGGGGGCCAAGUCUUGGCUUGUGGCCGGCGUGUUUCUCCGGAGGAAUGGGCCGCCAACAUAAAUGCCAUCGGUGCUAAAACAUUGAGGAACGUCUGCUGAAAGUACAUCUAUGACAAGUGUCCUGCUGGAGCUGCACAUGGCCAUCGGUGCUGAAACAUUGAGGAACGUCUGCUGAAAGUACAUCUAUGACAAGUGUCCUGCUGGAGCUGCACAUGGUAGGUAGUUUUUAAUUUUAAAAACAUUUCCUGUAGUUGUGACUUUCAU